AUGGAUUACCGGUCGCCAUUCGAGCUACGCCAGCAGCUCCUCGAGGAGGCCCGGGCUUCCCAGUCAACGUUGCCGCAGAAGAAGUGGAAGGGCAAGACCAAGGGCAGCACUGGCGGCAACGGCGACAACUGUGCCGCGCCGCUUCCUAGGCACUGUUCAGCCGGUAACGAUGGCUCGGGCUUCAUGCCUUCCACUGCACUUCCUGAUGACCCCACAGCACUAGUGCGCGAGGUGCCUGGCGCCGAGAACAUUGAGGCCCUCAACGCGGCCCUGGAGCGCGAGGAGGCGGUGCAGCGGUAUGUGGAGAAGGAGAAGCUCUCAGUAGAGGAGUCGGCAAAGUACAUAAUGGCAAAUGGCAGCACAAUGCAGCGCAUCUCUUUUUUCGGUCAUGUCCGUGAGCAACUUGUCGAGUUGCCCUCGAAGGGGAUCUCCAAGGUGCUGGAGACGCUGCUGGACUCGAUGUGGGCGCAAGAUCCUGAGCUGCAGUGUCGCGCGCCGGAGAAUCUUCUGAAGCUUGUAGGCUUGCUGGACCCGAACACGGCCACCAAGAUGUAUGACUUUACCAAGACAAUGUUGACCGUCCAGACGCCAGAGAUUCGCAUAGAGUGGUGUGAAUUGCUGCUCGGGCUCAUCGACUACCUGCCUGUUGGUGUGCUGCAAAGUGACCUUAUUGCGCUCGCCGUGAACAAGUCAGAGCACGCGCAGCCGCAGGAUCAGCGCGAACUGAGUUGCAAGCUUCUUGGCGCCCUCUGCCAGCAUAUAGCUUCUGACAAGGUAGAGGAACUCAUACUCUCCCGAGCCCUGGCCUUGUGCCAGGACACGAACGUCGGCGUCCGCCAGCGAAUGUGCCAGCAGCUGUGUGCGAUCGCGCAUGCACUGGGUGUAGAAAAGGCCAAGACACGCGUGGCGCCUGACUUGUUUGAGCUCCUGAGCGACGAGGAGCAGGCGGUGUCGCGAGCUGCCUUCUCAUGCCUCAUCGACCUAGUGGAGUUCUUCGGCCCCGUCUACCGGCGCGAGAAACUGUUCCCCAUCAUCAAGAACUUUAUCUCGAAUCCGCCAAGCGAGGUGGUCGGGCUGCUCGUCGGAGAGUUCGGUCGCUUUCUGGACGCCAUCAAGACUGAUAUCAUGUCAGACGACGACGUGAAGCUUUUUGCAGACUUUUUCUGUGCCGCUGCGACGCGUCACGAAGAGGAGGCGCGCCGUCAGUGCGCUUUUAACUUUCCUGCUGUGGUGGCAUCGCUUCCUCGCACUGUCUUCGCCACGCACCUGAGCAAAGCGCUCUUGUCCCUCUCCUCUGAUAGUUGCGUUGCUGCCCGGGUCAGCGCCGCUGCGGGCAUGCACGAGCUUCUUCCACUGCUGUACUCGCCAACUGCCGACCUGUUGGAGCGGCCCUUCCUGCGCCUCAUCGGUGACCCCGACACGUCCGUACGGGCGGCGCUGGUGAAGCACAUCAACAACCUUCUUGAUUACUUCCGCAGCGAGCUGAAAGACUCGUCCCGCGUGUCGUUCUUUUCUGCCGUGCUUGGCGCUCUCCUUUCGUGGGUGUCGGAGCCCGUGGUGAACUGGCACACUAUGCAGCAUGUCAUGCAGAUUGUGGACCACUAUAUUGAUUCGUUCGAGGAAAGGACGCUGACGGAGCAGGUCGUGCCGCGGCUGUGGGAGUACGCCAAGACUGGGGCGACGAUAUUAAAGGCCGACUGCGCCACGCUCAUUAUGCACAUAGCCUCCCGCAUCGACAAUGCAAUCGUCAAGGCGCAGAUGUUUAGCCGCCUGAACAGCGAGUACGGUCGAUCGAACUCGUGCUACGCGCGCCAGACGUACAUCUACUUUGUCUCUGCAUCCUUUCGCUUUUUUUCCAUGCGCUGUGUUCGGGAGCGUAUGCUGGAGUGCUGCCUCGAACUGCAGCGCGACAGCGUGACGGCGGUACGUCUGGCGCUUGCGCGUAGCCUGCCGCUGCUGUCGCAGACACUGCGGAAGAGCAACGCCGGCGCUCUCGAAGAGGAAUUUACAGCCAUGGUCGGCCGGCUAUGCGAAGACGUGGAUGAGGAGGUGCAGGAGGAGGCUGCAAAGUACGUAGCGGAAUGCAAGAGCCGCGCUGGCGCGCACACCGCUGCGCCAAGCCGAUUCAACGACGAGGUGGAUAGCAAACGAGAGAAGGCGGAGUUGGCGAUGUUAGAGCACGCGAAGGAGACGGACAAGGGGGAGCGGCGCGCAAAGUUGCGUGACUUGCUGAAGAGCGAGCGUGAGAAGGAGCUCAUUGAGUUGCCGUCGCCUCCAAAGGUGCGGAAGCCGGCGCCACCGACCAGCACGGUACCGCUGCCGUUAACGCGUCGCCACGGCAGUAAGCUCUCUAUAUUACCGGGUUCGAGCACGGUGAGUCUGCCCCGCAUUGCGACAGCGAAGCAAUCACCGGCGCGGGCCAUGAACCGCAAGAGGCCUUGA